AUGGCGGUGCCGGAGCUCGACGAGCAAAGGAUCGAGGAGGUAGAGGAGCUAUCGGAAAAGACGGAGAAGAAGAUAGUGAAGGGAGUGAGGAAGAUACUGGGGAAGGAGAACUUGUACCAGGUGUCGGAGAGGCAAGUCCGGGAGAAAGCGUCGGAGAAGCUGGGAAUCGACUUGGCGGUGGAGCCGUACAAGUCGGUGGUCCGAAGAGCUGUGCAAGAUUUCCUUGAGAAGCUCAAGAGCCACGGGAUACGCCCCGGAGUCCAAUCCCAUCUGAAAUCGGUCGUCGGCACCGAUUAG